AUGGACGAUCAAAAAUUUCUGUACGUGUCUGAUUCGAAUUUUGAUGAAGUGAUACGAUACGGAGUAGGAGAAAAGAAAGGAACAGUAGUGGCAGGUGGAAAUGGAAGAGGUAAUCGUCUCAAUCAACUUCAUUCCCCUACUUACGUCUUUGUCGAUCGAGAUUAUUCUGUUUAUGUUUCGGACUGGGAAAAUCAUCGUGUAAUGAAGUGGACGAAAGAUGCGCAAGAAGGAAUUGUCGUCGCUGGUGGACGAGGUGCAGGGAAUGAUCUUACAAAAUUAUCAUCUCCUCGAGGAAUAUUCGUCGAUCAGUUAGGUACACUCUAUGUGGUGGAUAGAAUGAACGAUCGAGUGAUGCGCUGGCGCCAAGGAGAGACAGAAGGAGAGGUGAUUGCCGGUGGAAACGGUCCAGGACAACAAGCAAAUCAGUUGAAAAGUUCGGAAGGUUUGUCACUCGAUCGAGAUGGUAAUUUAUAUGUUGCCGACCACGCUAAUAAUCGAGUUCAACGAUUUUCAUUUCAAAAAUAA